AUGGCAAAUCCAGCAGAAGUUUCAGCAAUUGGACAAAUUAGAAUGCAUCUUCUUGGAGAGUUUUAUCCAACAGAGCUUUCAUUUACUACUGAGGUCGAAAGAACUAGUAGCGUAAAUUCAUCAUUUUCAAGCUCUCACUCUGAGUAUUCAGUUUCGAUUUCUGAUUAUUUCAUGGAUCUUGAGCAGAAUGAAUUUGAUUUUAGCGACUUUUCAAGUCCCGAGUCUGUAGAUUUGGGGCAAAAUCAAUUAAAUCGACCAAUUAUAGACCUCACUACACCAAAGGUGCAAACAUUAACAGAGAGGAAGCCUUCUUUGAAGAUUGAAUUGACAGUGGUGAAGAAAGUCAACAUGAACGACUUCUUCGAGUCGACUCAGUUGAACUCAGUGGCGAAGUUGCAGGCCAACUCCAUUGUGGAGGAGAAGAAUCAUUACAGAGGAGUAAGCCAGGGGCGGUGGGGCUUACGUGUCUGGCUUGGGACAUUCGACACUGCCAUCGAAGCCGCCAAGCUUAUGACAGAGCGGCAUUCAAGAUAA